AUGUCUCGACAGGAAGUCCGUAUGUCUCGACAGGAAGUCCAGCUGAAAAAGCGCAGCAAGCUCAUCGCCGCCAAGCACCCCGACACCGCGCCCAGGAUUCACCGCACCAGCGGAUACCUCUCGGUCAACACUGCUCCCAUCGCCCAGAUCAUCGCAGGCGCGACGCCAGAGGCUCCCACCAGGAGUCGCUGGUCUGGCGCUGCUGGCCCUGCUGGUAUUCCCGCGCCCGAGCAUGACGAAUGCGACAAGGAGCAUGCCGCCGCCUUCGCAGACCCCAUGGCUUCCGUGCAGUUACUUUUCUAUCAGACGCCCGCCGCCGAGCAGUCCCUCGCCUUCGUGAACGAGCGCGCGGGGGCGCGGGCCGCCCGAUGGACCCCGAGCGUUUAUUUAACCCGCAGCUACGACGACUACCGCGACUGGAUGGAGCGGACGCGGGGCCAUCUCUGCCUUCCUCGCGGACAAGCCUCGCCGGACGCCACCACGCGCCUGGGCCUCAACGGAGAGCAGAUCGAUGACGAUGCCAUUCCGCGCGCCAUCGCCCGCCUGGCCGUGACCUACGCCGUGAACAUCGGCCCGGCUUCCAUCAACGAGGCCAGGGCCCCCGUUCACCCGUCCUACAACGCCUGUAACAUGAGCAAGGCAGCCAUCGCCGCCGCGCGACGCGCCUCGAGGGGCAUGGAGGACUCCGUGGCCUACAUGGCGCGCGCGACGCUGGCAGCCACGCAGACGCGCCACAGCCUGCGCUUCCUGCGCCAGCGCCUGUCCGCCCGCUUCGGCUCCGCGGUCUGCGGCUGGCGGCGCGCGCUUGGCGCCGGCGGACGGUUGCUGGCGUUCGGGCGACUGCGGGAGGCUUGCAAGACGUUGAAGUGCCAGGAUCAGAUCAUGGAGUAUUGGUCCGAGCUCGACGCGAGCUACGGCGGAUGCAUCUCUCUCUUCGAGCUGGACCCGGAGGGCACGGCCCUGCUGGCCAGGCUCCGCGAGCGGUUGCUCACCUCGGCCGGCAGCGCCGACCCCGCCGAGAUGCACAGGCAGUUGGCGGUGCUCGGCCAAGCCCGUGAGGGCGCCCCGCUGUCGGCCGCAGAGUUCCGGGCCGCCGCACGCGUGUUGGGCUUCUCGGCCACCGAGGCCGAGCGCUUGUUCGCGCACCUGGACACCGGGGGCGGCGGCCCGAGCGAGGAGCCCGGCUGGGUCACCGCGGUGGACGUCGCUUGGCUGAAGCGGUUGCCCAGCUUGGUGGACUUGGGCGCCUUGGCGCUCUCGCCGGGAGAGGGCGCCGCGGGUCUGGCGCUUCGCCGAGCUCUGCGGCUUCAGCGGCGGGGACCGCAGGUGGGCCGAGGAGUGGAAGGCAAUGUGCCACACCUUCGACUGGAACCCCUCCCAGGGCCUCGACUUGCACCGAUUCACGCAGGCAUGCCGGGGAUCCCUCGCUAG